CCACACACACACACAGAGGGUGCCGCCCCGGAGCCUCACCCCGUGCAGGGCGCUGUGCUGUUUAUGACUGAAUUUCGCUCCACAGAGUCCUGACGUCCCCCUCAAGCUUCGUUUGGGUCGAAGCAUCUCUCCGUCUCUGUUCUUUCGACCAUCCGCCACAGGAUGUCUUUCCACUCAGGGCGGGGAUGCCCCAGGGGCCGCGGGGGAGCCCACGCGCGGCCGGCAGUGGCCCCGACCUUCAGGCCACAGAACCUGAGGCAGCUGCACCCGCAGCAGCCUCCGGCGCAGUACCAGUACGAGCAACCUCCGCCGCAGCAGCAGCCGCAGCAGCAGCAUCAGGCUGCCCCUCCCUCUGCGUUUGCGACGGCCCCCGCGUCGGGCUACCUGCCUCCCCGGCCGGACUUUGUCCCAUUCCUGCCCCCAGGGCCAGCGGCGGCACAGGGGCCUAUGGGCCCUUGUCCCGUGAGGCCACCUUUCCCCGGCCCCACGGUGCAACAGCAGCAGCAGCCACAGCAGCAGCCGCAGGCCUUCCCGGUGCCCCCGUGCUUCCCGCCCGUGCCCCUGCCGGCGCCCGGGGCUGACCAGAGCGCCUUCCCUUACCUGAUGCCACCCCCCUCGGUGGCCCAGCCACCACCGCCGCCCCCGCCCCCACCCCCAGGGCUCCCACCGCAGGUCACCUAUCAUCAGCCGCUGUACAGGCCGGCCCACUCCCCGCAGCCCUUCCCACCCCCACACUUCGGAACCUACCCGUUCCAGGGUGCCGGCGGCCCCUUCGGGCCCGGGGGCCCGUACCCGGCGGCGGUGGCGGCGGCGGAGAAAGCAGGCGGCGAGCAGAGGUCCCCCGAGCGCAGCAAGCGCUACGACGAGCAGCGGCACCGCGGCCCUGGGCGCGGCCCCGGCGACCGGCACCGCUCCGACGGCCACGGCGACCGCAGGGAGCGGGGCCGCAGUCCGGACCGGCGCAGGCCGGACGGUGGCCACUACCGGGCUGACUACGACAGGGGAAGGACCCCGCCGCGCCACCGCAGUUACGAUUACGGCAGGGACCGGGGACGCGAACGCCACCGACACCGGGAUCACCGCAGAUCCCCGUUGCCCGAGCGGCUCUACAGGAAAGACCACAAGAGAACGGGCAGCCCCUCUCCGAGCCGGGAGCGGAAGAGACCCCGCUGGGAAGAUGACCGGGAUCGCUGGGCAGAGGCCCCAAGUGGCAGCCAGGAGAAGAGCCACGCGCCCGUGAAGGACAAGGAGCCAGAGGAGGCCGCCCCCGACAAGAACGACGAGGAGGAUGAGGAGCUGCUCAAACCCGUUUGGGUGCGCUGCACGCACUCCGAAAGCUACUACUCCAGUGACCCCAUGGAUCAGGUGGGAGAUUCCACAGUGGUGGGGACGAGCAGGAUGCGUGACCUGUAUGAGAAGUUCGAGGACGAGUUGGGAAAGAGGCAGGGGAAGGCCACUGCAGCCCGGCCCCCGUGGGAGCCGCCCAAAACCAAGCUCGACGAGGACUUGGAGAGCUCCAGUGAGUCCGACUGUGAAUCUGACGAGGACAGCAGCUGCUCGGCCAGCUCUGACUCUGAGGUCUUCGACGUCAUCGCUGAGAUCAAGCGCAAAAAAGCUCACCCCGAUCGACUUCACGAGGAGCUGUGGUACAAUGACCCGGGCCAGAUGAACGACGGGCCGCUCUGCAAGUGCAGCGCCAAGGCCAGGCGCACGGGCAUCAGGCAUAGCAUUUACCCUGGGGAAGAGCCCAUCAAGCCCUGCCGCCCCGUGACCAACAACGCGGGAAGGCUGUACCACUAUCGGAUCACCGUCUCGCCGCCCACAAACUUCCUGACGGACAGACCGACCGUGAUAGAAUACGACGACCACGAGUACAUCUUUGAGGGCUUUUCUAUGUUUGCUCACGCACCCCUGACCAAUAUUCCCCUGUGCAAGGUCAUUCGCUUCAACAUCGACUACACCAUCCAUUUCAUCGAAGAGAUGGCGCCCGAGAACUUUUGCGUUAAAGGAUUGGAGCUCUUCUCAUUGUAUCUGUUCCGAGAUAUUUUGGAACUCUAUGACUGGAAUCUGAUAGGCCCAGCAUUUGAAAACAGCCCUCCCAGCUGCCCAAGAUUUCACUUCAUGCCACGAUUUGUCCGGUUCCUCCCAGAUGGUGGCAAGGAGGUUCUCUCGAUGCAUCAGAUUCUACUGUACUUGCUGCGGUGUAACAAAGCUCUGGUGCCCGAGGAGGAGAUCGCCAACAUGCUGCAGUGGGAAGAGCUGGAGUGGCAGAAGUAUGCAGAGGAGUGCAAGGGGAUGAUUGUCACCAGCCCGGGCAUGAAGCCCAGCUCGGUCCGCAUCGAUCAACUGGACCGUGAACAGUUCAACCUGGACGUGAUCACUUUUCCCAUCAUCGUCCACUUUGGGAUUCGGCCAGCCCAGCUGAGCUACGCAGGGGACCCUCAGUACCAGAAACUGUGGAAGAGCUACGUGAAACUGCGCCAUCUUCUGGCAAACAGUCCCAAAGUCAAGCAAGCGGACAAGCAGAAACUCACCCAGAGGGAGGAAGCUCUCCAGAAAAUCCGACAAAAGAAUACAAUGAGGCGAGAAGUGACGGUGGAACUCAGCAGCCAGGGUUUCUGGAAAACGGGCAUCCGCUCGGAUGUCUGUCAGCACGCAAUGAUGUUGCCUGUUCUGACGCACCACAUCCGCUACCAUCAGUGCCUCAUGCACCUGGACCGACUGAUUGGAUAUAUUUUUCAAGAUCGCUGUCUGCUGCAGCUCGCCAUGACCCACCCAAGCCACCACCUGAAUUUUGGGAUGAAUCCCGACCACGCCCGGAACUCCUUGUCCAACUGUGGGAUCCGCCAGCCCAAGUAUGGAGACCGGAAAGUCCAUCACAUGCACAUGAGGAAGAAAGGAAUAAACACUCUGAUCAACAUCAUGUCUCGCCUUGGCCAGGAUGAUCCGACGCCCUCCAGGAUUAACCACAAUGAGCGCUUGGAGUUCCUGGGAGAUGCCGUUGUGGAGUUUCUCACCAGUGUCCAUUUGUACUACCUCUUCCCCAGCCUGGAGGAAGGCGGCCUGGCCACCUACCGCACCGCCAUCGUCCAGAACCAGCACCUGGCAAUGUUGGCCAAGAAACUGGAACUGGACCGCUUCAUGCUCUAUGCUCAUGGACCGGACCUGUGUCGGGAGUCAGAUCUUCGCCAUGCGAUGGCCAACUGCUUUGAAGCUCUAAUAGGUGCAGUUUACCUGGAGGGCAGUCUCAAUGAAGCUAAGCAGCUGUUCGGCCGACUGCUCUUCAAUGACCAGGACCUGCGGAACGUCUGGCUUAACUACCCACUGCAUCCGCUCCAACUCCAGGAGCCCAAUACCGACCGGCAACUCAUCGAGACCUCCCCAGUGCUGCAGAAGCUGACUGAGUUUGAGGAUGCCAUCGGGGUGGUGUUCACACACGUCCGGCUCCUGGCCAGAGCGUUCACGCUGAGAACUGUGGGGUUCAACCACCUGACCCUGGGCCACAACCAGCGGAUGGAAUUCCUGGGAGACUCCAUAAUGCAGCUGGUGUCCACGGAAUACCUGUUCAUCCACUUCCCCGAUCACCACGAGGGCCACUUAACGUUGCUGCGCAGCUCGCUGGUCAACAACCGGACGCAGGCCAAGGUGGCGGAGGAGCUGGGCAUGCAGGAGUUCGCCAUCACCAAUGACAAGACCAAGAGACCCGUGGUCCUCCGCACCAAGACCCUGGCCGAUCUCCUGGAAUCUUUUAUUGCCGCUCUCUACAUCGAUAAGGAUUUGGAAUACGUUCACACCUUCAUGAAUGUGUGUUUCUUCCCACGACUGAAAGAGUUCAUUCUGAAUCAGGACUGGAACGAUCCCAAGUCCCAGCUGCAGCAGUGUUGCCUGACCCUGCGGACGGAGGGGAAGGAGCCCGACAUCCCUCUGUAUAAGACCCUGCAGACUGUCGGCCCCUCCCAUGCCAGGACAUACAUGGUGGCUGUUUAUUUCAAGGGAGAAAGAAUAGGAUGCGGUAAAGGGCCAAGCAUCCAGCAAGCAGAAAUGGGAGCCGCCAUGGACGCUCUGGAGAAAUAUAACUUCCCCCAGAUGGCCCAUCAGAAGCGCUUCAUUGAGCGGAAAUAUCGGCAGGAGUUGAAAGAAAUGAGGUGGGAAAGAGAGCACCAGGAGAAGGAGCCGGAGGAAGUGGACGAAGGAAGGAAGUGAAAGGGACGCAAGCUGGGCCUGGGCCUAGUGGGAACCCGAUCCAGAGCCCAGGUGGGCGGCAAACCCUGCCAGCCAGGAAGUGCCAUCCUCGAACCAGACUAGGCUGGUUUCCUGCUCGGCACCAGCCACACGGUGGCCAGGACUUGGAUCGCUCCUGGAUCAUACAGAAGCCUCACUUGGUGAGAGUCGAGAGCGACCUCUCUCCCCUCAUCAAACGCGGCAGGUUGCCUGAGCAUAGGCUCCUUGGGAAUGGGGCCAUGUCCCCUCAGGACCAAAAUGGCAUCCAUCUGACUUUUUAUGACAUUUCCUCUUCCUGAUUUUAUAAACUGCGUUGGGUCUGGUGGGCAGCUCCGCUCCUCAAGAAGCCUGAGGAGACAGAGCUGAGGAGACAGACGGGGAAGCCUCUGUCCUUUAGUGAUUUUCUUUACAUAAAGAAAGGGCUAUGUCCUUGGCCCUCCAGAGGCAUCUCUCCUCCUUCUCCUCCUCCUCCUCCUCCUCUUUUCCUCAGGACUGAGUAGCGAAAAUUGGGUGGCUUCUCCCAUCAUGGCUGUCGGUGAUUGAUCACUACAAAAGGAACAAGCUGGAGAGGAGAAUGUCACCCUGGGAUUCUUAGCCUUCAUCCUCUGGCUGCAGGGACCGGCCAACCCUCUGUGUCCUCCCUCUGCCGGGGAGGACAGCCCUGGUUUGAUUUUUCCUUCUGGUCAUUCAUUCAAUCGUAUUUAUUGAGCGCUUACUGUGUGCAGAGCACUGUACUAAGCGCUUAUCCCUGCAGGUCCAGAGUUUUACUUUUCACCUUCAGUACCAACAUCUUGAAACCCCCCAGACAGCUCUGUAUGCAUUUAUUGAGCACCUACCAUCUGAGGAGUACUAUACUGGUUGCCUAUAAGGUGCAGAAUGCUGUACUGGACACUGCCUGUAGGCUGAGCACUAGACUGGGUGCCUACUCUUUAUAGAACACCUGGAAGUGCACAACAGAAGUAAAAGACAGUUCCUGUUUACAGUCUGAGGAGGAGGACAUAAAUUACAUACAAAUAAUGGGAGCAGGGGCGAGAACAAGGAUAUGACGGAAAGCGAUCCGGGCGUGUAACCGGACAAUUGGUGUCACAUUGGAUUGCUUUUGGGGAGAAUUAAUCAGGGAAGGCACCCAGACAGGAAACAGAUUUUCAGAUGCUUUGAAGAAGGGGAGAGCUGUGACCUGGGGAAUUUGUUGGGGGAACGGGGGAACAGCUGGGAGCUGCUGCCUUGGCUCUGAGACAGAUGAGCAGGUACAGAAGGCGAGAAGCGAGGGAGCUUGGCGGAGAGAUCGUAGCAUCUUGAUGGAGUGGAACUGGCGUUCUGGCCUUUCCCCUUCCCCCCAGGUACUUUAUGGCCCACAAAUCCACCCUGUGUGUUUAACAGUGUGUUCCACAGAGAUUUUGUAGCCAGUAAAACUGCCUAAACACCUCCUUACAUCACCUCCCUGAGAUCAAAUCAAGACCUAAAGUUUUUAAAAUCAUGUGCAAAGAUCACUGCGACGGGUGUGGAAAUCAAUCAAUCAAUCAAUCGUAUUUAUUGAGCGCUUACUAUGUGCAGAGCACUGUACUAAGCG